AUGUCUGGAGUACUGUCGCCAAUCUUGAGCCGCCCAGCGGGCCGCCGAUAUUCUGUUCGGCCUUUCUACUGGACUCUCAUGGUGAUUACGAGCCUGGCGACUUUUAGCUGGGCUCUUGGGCUAUACAAUGAUGAGGGAAUUGCGCCUCUUAUCAAACAAUUCGUACGAGGAGGAUCCGAUACUCAACAAAUCUUCAAGCGUGAUAAUGAUCUGGAGUGCCGCUUGGUUCGUGAAGCAUACGACAAGUGCUCUUACGUCCGCGUGAAUUGCCCUGACCAUGAAGAUGGCUUGUUUUCGUACCUUCAAUUUUAUUAUUGCUCUCUUGCAGAUGCCAAGCCAUUUGCGUUCAUAAUUCUUGUCUUGUGGCUUUCGCUACUUUUCAGUACUAUCGGGAUUGCCGCCAGUGAUUUCCUGUGUAUCGACCUGAGCACUUUAGCCGGCGCCCUUGGUUUGAGUGAAAGUUUGACUGGUGUCACGUUUCUUGCCUUUGGAAACGGAAGCCCGGAUGUUUUUUCUACCUUUGCUGCCAUGAAAUCUAAUAGUGGUAGCUUGGCUAUUGGAGAGCUGCUUGGAGCUGCGAGUUUUAUUACUUCAGUUGUCGCAGGGUCGAUGGCACUAGUCCGCCCAUUCAAAGUUGCUCGGAGGAGCUUUGUUCGCGACGUUGGGUAUUUCAUAGUGGCUGUGAGCUUCAGUAUGUUGUUGUUGGCAGAUGGUCGCCUCCAUACCUGGGAAUCUGCCGCGAUGGUCGGUCUAUAUUGCUUCUAUGUCGUAUUAGUCGUGACCUGGCACUGGUACUUUGUGCGCCGUCGGCGUGUCUACGAGAGGGAUCUAGCUGCACGCUCGCACUUCCACAUUCCUGAAAAUCAAGAAUUGGAGAUAGAAGAAGUUGAAGAGGAUGACCCCGGGGUAACCUCUGAAUCUACUAGUCUCCUUCACGGUGUUUCAAUCCAUGAUUUUGACUCAUUGGAGAGAUGCGAAGCUGCCCCUUGGAAAGAUGGGGAAGACGAUGAAACUCGGAACCGGUAUCUAGCAGAAAUACGGGAUAAUAUGCACGUGUACCGUCCCUCUACACACAGGCGUGGUACUCUAAACCCAAUCAGGCCAAGUCUGGUUGGUGCGCUUGAGUUCCAGUCUGUCGUUUCUUCGCUUCAACGGUCGCGAAGUACUCAUCAAAACGUCCCAAUCGACCUCCAAAUGUACUCCGACGAUCAUGACGAGGCUCAUGCACUGCCGGAGCGCGACACUAUUUCUGUCGCCUCCCACCCAUGGAUCAGCAAGCCUUCUGCAUCAACCCACUUGUCACCUAACAGCGUGGCGGCGGGCUCAACCCGAACUCGAGCUGUGUCUGCUGACGAUGCCGUGGGGUUGAAACUCGACACCAGCGUUUUCGAUUCUACUGCGAGGCGGCCGUACGUUGCUGUUACUCGACCCUCGGUAGAUAGCCAGGCUGCAUUCGCUGAGACACGGUCUCACCAAUCGAAUAAGAGUGUCGAGUCAGAGCUAUCACCAUCGUCCUCCGGGCAUGUAUGGCAAAGCUCCAGUCCAUGGGGGCGUGCACGUCCACAAACCCCGCAAUUACUUGCACCCCCGGGCACUUUUCACCCUCCAAACUACCAGGCUGAAACACCCGACUCACGAUCUCCUCUUGACGUUUCCCCGCGCGGAACUUCAUUCGCCCCCGGAUCCAGUGAUGCUCUAGCGGAGAGCCCUUCUAUCCCAUUCCCCCCUUUCCCUGAUACAUCUAGUUCAGUACCCUCUAAAGCACCAAGUAUACGCUUACCAGCUACUUCUAGCCCCACAGAAGAACUACAAGUACAUGACAGUAUCUAUAGCAAUGGGAGGCCUCAACCUUUGCCCCAGAUACAGUGGCUGUUUUCCUUCACCCCAGUUCUUUUACCAUCCAUCUUUCGAACGCUUUUCCCUACUCUGGACGGAUGGAAGACGAAGAGCUUCUGGGAAAGGAUGCUAGGGGCGGUUGCAGCCCCUAGUGUGCUGUUACUAACGAUUACUGUUCCGGUCAUUGAGCCCGCACAGCCCGAAACCGGUGCGGAUCCUGUAACAGUCGUAGUGACUUCAGCAGACGGAGAAAACCCAGGGCCCGUGGUGAGGCUACCAGAGGAUAGCCCGCUCCUUCGAGCUAUCGACCAUGGAUCCGCUGUUGAAGAAGUCUCAGAUCAAAACCGCAAAAGUCAAUCAAGGCAAGGACGGCAACGUUGGGAUUCCGAAUUGCCCGCCGCUCAAUCACUGCCGGACCCUUCGGCGCCACCUCCGAAAGAGUGGUGUCUGUGGCUGGUUUGGAUACAGUUAUUCACUGGUCCAUUUUUUGUUGCUCUGAUUGCUUGGACAGCCAUUGAUUCUGAUCUAGACAUCCACAAUCUGCUACUACCAUUUCUAUUAUCUCUCUUCUUUUCACUGAUGUGCAUUACUGGUCUCGUCACAAGUCUGCGACAUAGUAAUUCUUCACACCCUCCAAAUGCAUGGCGUCCUUUGCUGGCUUUCCUAGGCUUCAUUGUUGCCAUAUGCUGGAUUGCAACCAUAGCUACUGAGGUCGUUAGUCUCCUCAAAACCUUAGGGGUAAUCCUGAACAUCAGUGAUUCUCUCCUCGGGUUGACCGUUUUUGCCGUUGGAAAUUCGCUGGGCGAUCUUGUGGCUGAUAUCACCGUUGCCCGCCUAGGUUACCCAGUCAUGGCGCUAAGUGCCUGCUUUGGUGGACCUAUGUUGAACAUUCUUUUAGGGAUUGGCCUAGGUGGCUUGUACAUGACUCUUCAUGCAAAAGCAGAGACGGUAGUCACGGAUGGGGUUCCAUAUGAGAUCGCCAUCUCCAAGGUUCUCAUCAUUAGCGGCGCCACCUUGCUAACCACAUUAGUAGGGCUACUGAUUGUAGUCCCGUUGAACAAGUGGAGCAUGGACCGAAAGAUCGGCUGGGGGUUAGUGGUUCUAUGGUGCAUCAGUACUCUGACAAACGUCAUCGCUGAAAUCCUAACUUGA